CAUAACCCCGCGCUACCGCGACCAAGACCGAAACUGCCCCUCCAAAAUUUUUGAGUCAAGCAGAAAAUCGAACGCUUUCGAUCAACACCCUUAACUCGGCAACAAACCAAUAUUCGACGGAACGACAUACAACUAUUUGUAUCGAAUAAUAACUAAAGAGUUUACAAAGGAUCGAAUAUGCCUUCAACUGAAGAGCAAGGCAACUCGAAGAAACAGUCCUCGACUGAUUUCUUCGAGUCCAUCGGCCAGAAAGCUGGACACCUCAACCCCACUACUAAUGGCACAAAUGGUGUCGCGCACACGGGUGACGAUGACGAGAAGGUCGUCGAAGAAAUUGAGUCGCUAUGCAUGAACUGUCAUGAAAAUGGCACCACGCGCAUGCUCCUUACUAAGAUCCCCUACUUCCGCGAAGUCAUUCUCAUGUCCUUCUCCUGCGACAAAUGCGGCUUCUCCAACUCCGAGAUACAAGCUGCCGGCACCAUCCAGCCGAAAGGCUCGAGCUACAUAUUACGAUUAACCGACAUGGCCGACUUCGAACGACAAGUCGUCAAAUCCGAUACUGCUAUCGUCAAAUUCAUCGAGCUAGACCUCGAAGUCCCCUCGGGCCGCGGACAACUCACAAACGUCGAGGGUCUAUUGACCACUAUAAUGGAUGAUUUAGAACUCGGACAAGAGGCGCGAAAGGAACAAGCACCAGAGAUCCACGCGAAGAUCGAUGAGAUCAUCGAGAAAGGCCGGGCUAUGCUAGCGGGCGAAGCCUUCCCCUUCCGACUCUCCGUCGACGAUCCAGCGGGUAACUCGUGGAUCACCCCUAACAUGCGCGAUGGCGUAGGCAAGUGGGAGAAACACGAAUACAUCCGAACGCCCGAACAAAACGAAGCCCUCGGUCUCGCCCCCGCAGACCCAACCACCGGCGCCGCUCCCUCAACCGACGACGACGACAUCAUCCCUGACCAAGUCUACGAAUUCCCUGCCACAUGCCCCGGUUGCAUGCACCCCUGCACGACCAACAUGAAAAUGGUUGAUAUCCCGCACUUCAAAGCCGUAGUCCUAAUGUCCACCGUAUGCACCGACUGCGGCUACCGAUCCAACGACGUUAAGACCGGUGGCGAGAUCCCCGAACUCGGCAAGAAAAUCACUCUUAAAGUCGAAACAGCCGAGGAUCUCGCGCGGGAUAUCCUAAAAAGCGAAAGCUGCUCCCUCGAAUGUCCUGAGCUGAAUCUCCAAGUCAAUCCCGGCACUUUAGGGGGCCGCUUUACAACUGUCGAGGGAUUACUCACACAAGUCCGCAACGACCUACACAACCAAAUCUUCGAAACCGGUUCCUCGGAGGGUGGGGACUCGUUAAGCUCUAACGAGCGCUCGCAAUGGAAUGCAUUUUUCGAGGGCAUUGAUGCGGCGAUUAAGGGGGAGAAGAAAUUUACUAUUAUCCUGACGGAUCCGUUGGCUAGCAGCUACGUCCAGAAGGCUGUAGAUCCGGAUCAGGUCGAUCCGCAGAUCGAGACGGAGGAUUAUGAGCGUACGGAGCAGGAGGAGGAGGAUCUUGGGUUGAAGGAUAUGAAGGUUGAGGGAUAUGGUGAGGAUGCUGCUAAUGGGACUACCGCCUAAACCCGAGACCUUUGGUGAUUCGGAGGUUAAAAGAUGGAAGGGCUGAGUAUUUGAAUUUUAGAAGCAUGAAGAUACCUGAUUAGAGUUCCGAAAAGGAGUAUUAUUCACUCGAAGGAAAUAAAAAGUGUUUUUUUGCGUUCGCUUUUUGAUUUUU